UUUUCUUUACCGUUAUUUGCAGUCGAAGGAGAAAAUGAUGAAAGGGGUACGUCGCGGCUGCGUGCGCCUCAAAGAUGCUGUUAUCGGCAUAGACGACCAAGAGGAUAACACCUUCACAAUAACUGUGGAUCACAAAACAUUUCACUUUCAGGCGCAACACAGUGAAGAACGCGAAAAGUGGGUUAGACGACUUGAGGACACCAUACGACGGCAUGCGAAUCGCUCUCGUCUGUGGGACAAUCAAAGCACUUUCUACCUUGGCGGCUAUCAGAAAGAUGUGGUAGGCAACAAACGUGCCAACCACUUGGAAUUACUCGGUCGACGUGUAUCGGAAGCGGACGCAUACUUGCAGUUGAUCAUCGAGCAGACGAAUAAAAUCAACAAACGCAUUGAGGAUAUAACGGAUGCUGAGGAAAAGGCCAAGUGCAAAGCGCUGCAGGAUAAUGCCAAUGUGAGUAACAGCAGCAGGAGUCUGCACUGAAUUUUCUCUUUUACA